AUGUGGGGUAAAUCAAUUGACAAGUUCAGUUGUAAAGCUAGAACACCUUACAACGACGCGUCCUCGACUUAUCCUGUAGAAGUCGAAAUUACCGAAUGGACCAAGUACAGUAAUUAUCUUUCUCACCUGUUCGAUCGAAGGAACACUUCUCAGGCUGAGGGGGAUAAGACAUAUUCGUAUUUGUAUAGUUGGAAGGAUGAGGUAGGAUCAGGAGAGGAUGGGAAGAUGGAAUGCAAUGGAUUUGGACAGAUGCGUCACAAACCCCUUUCUAAGUUCCGAAACAUCAUCGAGGGUGAUACUCAAGGUGUAACUGCGAGUGGUAGGACCCGCGAGAUGGAUGAGAUUGUUUAUCAAAGAAUCCAAGAUAGAAAGAAUGGGAAUUUGACAGUCUCGGACGCGGAGUCAGUUAGGUUAGGGGCAGAAGGACAAGGAUCAAGUAUUCUUGGGAGUGUUAAAGGUAUUUUAGCGUAUCCUUUUGCAAAAUGA